AUGGAGAUCAAGAAAGGGGUCUACACGCCUUAUGAAAAUGUGCUUUUAUGUAUAAGGGUGCUCCCACAUUCUAAGAACAAUAACACAUACAUGUCUAUGGCUUCUUCUUCUUCCUCUUCCUCUCAAGCUGCUACUGUACCUCGGGAAAAAUAUGAUGUUUUCAUCAGCUUUAGAGGCGACGACACUCGCGCUGGAUUCACAAGCCAUCUUUACGCUGCUUUGUGCCGAAACUAUAUCCAUACCUACAUAGACAAAAAGAUCGAGAAAGGAGAUGAAGUUUGGGCAGAACUUGUGAAAGCAAUCAAACAAUCCACUCUGUAUCUUGUGGUGUUCUCGGAGAACUACGCGUCAUCAACAUGGUGUUUGAACGAACUCGUUCAAAUAAUGGAGUGUAAUAACAAAAAUGAAGAUGACAAUGUUGUUGUUAUUCCUGUGUUCUACCAUGUUGACCCUUCACAAGUGCGGAAACAGACCGGAAGUUAUGGCACUGCUCUGGCUAAACACAAGGAGCAAGGCAACGACCAUGAGAUGCAAAAAUGGAAUACUGCUCUUUUUCAAGCUGCUAAUUUGUCUGGUUUUCAUUUAGCCAAAAACAGGACUCAAACUGAAUCCAACUUAAUUGAAGACAUUACCAGAGCUGUAAUAAGAAAAUUAAAUCAACAAAGCACAAUUGAUCUUACUUGUAAUUUCAUACCUGAUGAAAACUAUUGGAGCGUUCAAUCUUUAAUAAAAUUUGACUCAACAGAAGUUCAAAUCAUUGGACUUUGGGGUAUGGGAGGCAUAGGUAAGACAACCCUUGCCACUGCUAUGUUUCAAAGGGUCUCUUUCAAAUAUGAUGGCAGUUGCUUCUUUGAGAAGGUGACAGAAGUAUCAAAAAGUCAUGGAAUCAAUUACACAUGCAACAAACUUCUUUGUAAGUUACUAAAAGAAGAUCUUGAUAUUGACACUCCCAAACUAAUAUCAUCCAUGAUCAGAAGAAGACUCAAAAGCAUGAAAUCUUUCAUUGUACUAGAUGAUGUACAUAAUUCAGAACUUCUGCAAAACUUGAUUGGAGUAGGACAUGGUUGGCUAGGAUCUGGUAGUACAGUCAUUGUGACUACUAGGGAUAAACAUGUGCUGAUAAGUGGAGGAAUUAAGACAAUAUAUGAAGUUAAGAAGAUGAACUCCCGAAAUUCCCUCAGAAUUUUUAGCUUGAAUGCUUUUGACAAAGUCUCACCUAAGGAUGGAUAUGUGGAGCUCUCAAAAAGAGCAAUUGAUUAUGCCAGAGGAAACCCUUUAGCUUUGAAAGUAUUGGGAUCAUUACUUCGUUGUAAAAGUGAAAAAGAAUGGGAUUGUGCAUUAGAUAAACUGAAAAAAAUGCCAAACAACGAAAUUGAUUCUAUAUUUAGAAUGAGUUUUAAUGAAUUGGAUAAAACAGAGCAAAAUAUAUUUUUGGAUAUUGCAUGCUUUUUCAAAGGACAGGAAAGGAAUAGCAUAACAAAAAUAUUGAAUGAGUGUGGAUUCUUCGCUGAUAUAGGGAUAAGUCAUCUUUUAGACAAGGCUCUUGUAAGGGUUGACUCUGAAAAUUGCAUACAAAUGCAUGGCUUGAUACAGGAAAUGGGAAAACAAAUUGUUCGUGAAGAAUCACUUAAGAAUCCCGGACAACGCAGUAGAUUAUGUGAUCCUGAGGAAGUUUAUGAUGUAUUGAAAAAUAAUAGAGGAUCUGAGAAAGUUGAAGUCAUAUUUUUAGAUGCUACUAAAUACACACAUUUAAUUUUAAGAUCCGAUGCAUUUGAAAAGAUGGAAAAUCUAAGGUUACUUGCUGUUCAAGACCACAAAGGAGUUAAAUCUAUAAGCCUUCCAGACGGUCUUGGUUUAUUGCCAGAAAAUCUGAGAUAUAUUCUAUGGGAUGGCUAUCCAUUGAAAACUGUCCCUCUAACCUCCUCUCUUGAAAUGCUUGUGGAGCUUUCCUUGAAACAAAGCCAUGUGGAAAAACUUUGGAAUGGAGUAGUGAAUUUGCCCAAUUUAGAGAUAAUUGACCUCAGUGGCUCCAAAAAGAUGAUAGAGUGUCCAAACGUGUCUGGUUCUCCGAAUCUAAAAGAUGUAAUACUUAAGAGAUUGUGAAAGCAUGCUUGAAGUUGAUUCAUCAAUUUUCCAUCUCCAAAAGCUUGAAAGAUUAAUCAUGAAUAGAUGUAAGUCACUUAAGAGCCUUUCCAGUAACACUUGUUCACCAGCCCUCAAUUUUUUGAAUGUUAUGGAUUGCAUCAAUCUUAAAGAGUUCUCAAUCCCAUUUUCUUCCGUUGAUUUGAGUUUGUAUUUUACAGAGUGGGAUGGGAAUGAACUUCCAUCAUCUAUAUUGCAUACACAAAAUCUUAAAGGCUUUGGCUUUCCUAUUAGUGAUUGUCUUGUUGAUCUUCCUGUAAACUUUUGCAAUGAUAUUUGGCUUUCAAGUCCACUGAACAGUGAACAUGACUCUUUCAUAACCUUAGAUAAAGUACUUUCUAGUCCUGCCUUCGUCAGUGUAAAAAUCUUAACCUUUUGUAAUAUUAAUAUCUUGAGUGAAAUCCCAAACAGUAUCUCCUUACUAUCAUCAUUAGAGACUUUAAGACUGAUUAAGAUGCCCAUUAUAAGCUUGCCUGAAACCAUCAAGUAUCUUCCCCGACUCAUACGGGUUAAUGUUUACUAUUGUGAAUUGCUUCAAUCUAUUCCGGCACUUCAACGCUUCAUUCCAAAAUUGCUUUUCUGGGAUUGUGAAUCUCUUGAGGAAGUGUUCAGUUCAACGAGUGAACCAUAUGACAAACCUACUCCUGUAUCAACUGUGCUCCUUAACUGCGUAGAAUUGGAUCCACAUUCAUACCAAACAGUUUUGAAAGAUUCUAUGGGUGGGAUUGAACUUGGAGCAAGAAAAAAUUCAGAAAAUGAAGAUGCACACGAUCAUAUUAUUUUGAUACCUGCUAUGCCUGGCAUGGAAAAUUGGUUCCAUUACCCUUCUACUGAAGUUUCUGUGACUCUUGAGCUUCCUUCUAAUUUGUUGGGUUUUGCCUACUACGUUGUUCUUUCUCAAGGCCAUAUGGGUUUUGAUGUAGGAUUUGGAUGUGAGUGCAACUUGGAAAAUAGUUCAGGUGAAAGAAUAUGUAUAACAAGUUUCAAAAGGCUCAACAUCAAAAAAUGUGACUGGACUGAUACUUCAAUCGACAUGAUGUCAGAUCAUUUGCUCGUAUGGUAUGAUCCUAGAAGUUGCAAGCAGAUAAUGGAUGCAGUUGAACAAACAAAAGCCAUUAGUGAUGGGAACAGCACGAGUUACACUCCAAAGCUUACAUUUACAUUCUUUAUUGAUGAAACUCUAUAUGAUGAAGUAGAGAUAAAAGAGUGUGGGUUUCGCUGGAUAUAUCAAGAAGAAACAGUUUCUUCAACAAUUUCUGAAUCCAAUGAUGAAGAAGAAACCUUGUCUUCAUCGGAUUUUCAAUCCAAUGAGCAAGAAGAAAUAGUUCCUGCAACAAGUUUUGAAUCAGAUGAUCUCGAAGAAACAAUUCCUCCAAGAAAGAAAUUAAAGAUAGACAUCGUUGGAACUCCACCGUCAAACCCAGAAUAUUAGAUGAAACACAUGAUUUGAGGUAGAUAUAGUCUUCCUAUCGCUCAUUAUACUGAUAACUUGGGGAAUAAAUUUAGUUUACGGGCUCUGUUCCAUUAUAUUUUACUGCAAAAUAAUUAUGUUUAUGAGCAGGUAUUCACUUGAAGAGCUCCUGCACCACAUGAACACCACUUGGUUUGGUUCCACAGAAGAUGAAAGCAACAACUGAAGAGGAGAGAAAAACUGUUGAAUGAAUCGACCAAAUAAGAUCUCAAUAUAGCAUGUUUGAAUUCUGAAAUCACAGGAAACUAAUUUUCAGACUAAUAAGUUGUUUGUGUAUUUGCUUUUACUUAUAGCACCGUCAUUCACAAAUUAAUUCUGUCACAAUUUCUAAAGAACGAGUCUAUUAUAGGAUAUUACACACAUUUAUUAUGGUUUUAGAACUUUUCUCAUCUAA